ACUUCACAGAGAUGAUGAGAGCCCUAGGGUUUCCUCGGCUCAUUUCUAUGGAAAACUUCAGAACCCCAAACUUUAAACUUGUAUACGAGUGCUUAACUUGGUUAAUGAAAAGAUAUGAUCCAAAUGUGGACCUUGGAAUAGACAUUGAUACAGAACAGGACAGGGUAAUCUUCAUUAAAACCGUGGCAGAGUUCAUGGCCACAAAAGCACAUAUCAAGCUUAACACCAAAAAGUUGUACGGGGCAGAUGGUUAUGCCGUCAAGGAGUUACUAAAAGUCACCACAGUUUUGUACAAUGCAAUCAAGACAAAUGUGGCUAGCACGCUUGAGUCAGGGACUGCUGAUAUGACCAGUGUGUCAUUUGAUAUUUCAUCCAGGAUAAAUGAGCUGAAAGAGGCCAGAAAACUUGCAUCUGAAAUCACUGUGAAAGGGGCACAGCUGUAUGAUCUUCUGGGAAAGGAAGUUGAUCUGAGAGAACAGCGUGCAAUGGUUGUUGCUAGAGCAUUAGAGAUUAAUGAAGUUGAACAUGGCCUGCAAGCAUCAAUAGAAGCAGUGAGGAAUGAAAUAAAGAAAACAGAAAAUAUGCUCCAUAAUAUUGCAUCUGAUGAAGCCAAUUUAGAAGCAAAAAUAGAGAAAAAGAAAGCAGAACUGGAAAGGAUGCAGAAGCGAGUACUAACAUUACAGAAUGUCAGACCUGCGCAUAUGGAUGAAUAUGAAAAACUUGAGGAAGACUUACAGAAACUGUAUGACGCGUAUUUAAUCAAGUUUCGCAACUUGUCAUUUUUAGAAACACAGCUUGAAGAGCAGAAUAAAGUUGAACAGGAUAAAGUAGAGGAAGCAGAACAACAGAAGAGAAUCAUGGCCGACAAGAUUAGAACAGAGGAAUUGAAACAUCGACGUAUAUCUCCAGAUGAUGAGGAUGAUGAUGAUAAUAAACACAUAUUUG